AUGCCCGUGGUUGAGGUCAGCAAUGUUGCUGCGGACGUCAUUGCUGCAAACAAUGUCAAUGUAGAUGUUGCUGAAGGCAGUGUCGACGUAGACAACGACCCAGAUGGCAUGAUCAAAUGCUAUCUAGUCAAGAUCCCCCAUAAGGCGCGCGGGAAAUACAGACACGAUCAAGAUCGAAAGGCUCUGGUUAAGGGUUUCGAAAGAAUUUACGACCUGAAGCCAAUGAAAGCAGGCAAAACGCUGCGAAAUAAGACGGUGCUCUAUGCCUUCAUCAAGCUGUGCAAGUGGGUAGAGGGGAAGAAAAAAGGAUCACUUGCCGACAAACUGGAAGCGGAUCUAGAGCAGAAGAACAGGCAAGAGCAACCAAGACUUGGAUCGACUCAGGAUGAAAUCCUGGCUGCCAAGCGGUUCCUCAUAUUGGAGCAUCGAAGUGCAAAAAAGCUCAAGGCAUGCAAUGCUAGCCAGGAAGUCGUUCUUAUAGAUGACCCCGCGGAGCGAGGAGAGCUAGCGGCACCAGCGGAUGAAGCUAACGAUCAAGAAGCCAAACCGGCAGAUGAUGGGCAUGACCAACCAGGGGUUCCUCGGAUUGAAUGCCCAGUUUCUUUCGACCAUAUCCCCGAAACAUGGUUUGUGGUGUGUACGGCCGAAACACGACAUUCCUACUGCCGCAAGUGCUUCCACGAGAUAGCAGUGAAUGUGGCGGCCGCUAGCGACCCAGUCAAGUGUCCCCCUCCAUGUGGUGUGGCAUUUUUGGCGGAAAAAUUUGGCUUUAUGGGCCAAGAAAUGACGCGCAUCGGCAAGAAAAACCGGCUGUAUAGCCUGAAGCAGUACGAUCAGUUGGUGAAACUGAAGGAGAGAGAAGACAUCCUGAAUUCAAUGCCGGGCCUCGAAACCUGCCCCGUCUGUGACUACAUCGAAGACCCUUCAGAAUUCCCGGAUAAGAAAGCCCAACCACGCUGCUGGUGCCAGACGUGUGAAGAAGCCAAGAUGCCGCAGUUGAAUCCAGACGUCGAGGAGCAGAGAAUCCAGCUGAACAGGCUGCUGAGCGACGCCAUGUCGGCUGCCAGGGUGCGCCGUUGCAAUCAAUGCGACAGUGGGCAAGAGCUCGAGGCUGGGUGCAACAAGAUCAUGUGCAAGAACGAGGAAUGUCGCCACUAUCAAUGGUAA